CUUCUAAUAUCUGCUACUGAAUUCUAAAAGUAUCCAGCAUCUCCGGGUGUCUCGGUAAAUUGCAUCUUUCUAAAAUGCCAGGAACUAUGUAAAAAACCACAUACAGAUUAUUCCACUACAAAAAGGGGAUCUCGGUAAUCCCAAUCAUCUCCCGUGAAAAUAGUGGCCGGGCUGAUGAGGGGAAGGUCCACAGCAGAGCGGGGCGAGCGAGAACCGACUCUGCGGCUCAAAAGCAGCCUCGGAAACCUUCAGGGACAGGACAGGUGGGCGGAGGCCGGGGCCGCCGAGGGCACCACCGCGGGCACCACCGCGGGCACCACCACGCGCCCACGGCCCCGUCGCGCUCGUCCUUCUCCACCUGUUACCGAGACGGGCCGUGCGGGCUGCGCCGAGCCCCGACCCGAGCAGGACCCCGAGCGGCCACGCAGCUCCCCGGAGCCGGGGCACCAGCAAAGUGUAAAGAGUUGGCGCGGAGCGAGGUCCUUGCCGGGCCGCCCGGCCCCGGCCCCGGCCCCGGCCCCGACCCCGGCCCGGCCCGGCCCCGCCGCCGCCGCCGCCGCCGCCGCCGCCCUGAUUAGCCCCGAUCCGGCCGCAGAUGGAAGCAGGAGAGGAUUCUUCUCAAGGACAGAAAAGAGGAUCGGAAACCCAAUUUUAAAGACCGUACACUGCACAAUAAGGAGCAGGCAUUAACCAUUUCCACUUAAACCUUUUGGUCCGUGAACCCAGAAUUCGGUUAAGUCCGUAGACCAACUAAAUUAACGUGCCAAGAAUUCGUGGAUGUUUGGAACUCAAAAUAAAAAUCAGGACGCGAGAUGGUCCCGGGAUAAAACGCUACUGACCAAACACUGGCAAGUUAAACUAGCUGUGGUGUUGAUACACUGAAUUAAAUUUCAAAUAAAACACGCAAAGACAGCAAAUCGUUUUAAAGUUACAAGUUAAGACUGUAAAAGGUAAUCUCAAUUGUAGUUUUUCCCUCCAAUUUUUGAAGUCAAAAAGGGGGGUGGGUAGCCAAUUGUAGGAAUUGAACACUUUUAGAAAUCAAGACUGAUACUUCAUUGCCUCACACUUAAACUACACAGGAGGUAUGCGUUUUGUCUACCCCCCAGAAUCUCCCAACUUUCUGUUGUUUGCCCUUACAUUUCUCCCUCGCCCCCCCCUCCCCCAUACCAACAUCCUGAAAUCAAUAAAGUUAAAGGUGAAGUACACCCUAUUCCUUCCUGGGUAUUACCACCCCAUAGCUUCUUAAAAAUGAUUUAAAAAAAAAAUCUUAACUUUGGUUAAUGCUUUAUUACACAAGAAUAUAUAUAAUUUGAUUUUUUUCAUUGAGGUAGUGUUCCCCCCCCCCCCGGAACACAUUAAAGUCUCCAAGUUUAUAUAAUUAAAAAUUGCAGGAUUUAAUUUUCAGGAUGAAGAGCAAGUGAAAGGCAAGCUACAGAAGAAUAAUUUGACCAUAUAUGUAUAUUUUGUACAUACAUUUGUGGAUAAAUGUAUCUUAAAAGAUGCUAUUGUUUUAUGUUUCCUCUUCAGCCACUGGCUGUGAUUUUAAUUGUGCUGGAGGAUCUUCAUUAGUAUUAACACAUGGGGAGAUUUCACAAAGCUGCUUCAUUAGGGGGGAAAAAAAGCUUGGCAGACUAGGUCUUUUUGCAUGCACUGAGAAUGUCAGCCUUACCUCGGUCAUUUGUAACAUAAUAAGUGCAAGUACAAUGAUUGCAAUGCAGGAGCACUGGGGGAAGGGCAGAAAUACUGCCUGUCUAAUAGGGAUAUUUGAAAAAAAAGGCUGCUCAUUACACAGUAAAAUGUAUGCUAAAAAUUAGUGAAGAUGAUGUCUCAGGAGACUGAUGCUAAAUAAAUUAAUGUGCUGAUAUGUUUUUAA